AACGGCGUGGCUUUGAGGAAGUUCCAGCAUCUAUAAAUUAUAUGAAACUUCUCAGUUGCUCCCAAGCAAGUUGAAGUAAACAACCCCUUUGUUCUUCUUCUUUGUUUUAUAAUCUGCGAAAUAAUGGGAAUUGAGCAUAAAAAUGGAGGAUCAUCAUCACUUGAUCUCAAUGUACCUUUGCUUCUUGACCAGAACCAAAGCAAAUUAAAGGAUUUAGAGGCAUCUGAUAGUGAUGAUGUAAAUUUCAUAGGCACCACCUCUUUUUCCAAGACUUGUUUCAAUGGACUCAAUGCUUUAACAGGUAUAAUUUCUUUUCUUUUUUCUUGUUGUCAUCAGUCAAUCACAAUUUUCCUUUUUGUUUUUUUUUUCAUAGUGUUUUGUAUGUAUAUGCCAGGAAUUGGAAUAUUAUCAACCCCAUAUGCUCUAGCAUCAGGAGGAUGGAUAAGUUUAAUUCUCCUUUUCACCAUUGCCACUGCAACAUUCUAUUCAGGUUUAUUGAUUCAAAGAUGCAUGGAUUGGGAUCCCAACAUUAAAACAUAUCCCGACAUAGGCUAUCAAGCAUUUGGGAGGAAAGGGAAAGUAAUAGUCUCAGUUUUAAUGCACAUGGAGCUCUACUUAGUUGCCACAGGGUUUCUUAUUCUCGAAGGAGAUAACUUGCAAAAUUUACUACCCAAUGUGGAGUACUUUGAGUUUGGAGGGCUUACAAUUGGUGGGAAACAAGGGUUCAUCAUAAUUGUAGCACUCAUAAUUUUGCCAACUGUUUGGUUGGAUAAUUUGAGCCUCCUUUCUUACAUCUCAGCCACUGGGGUUUUAGCUUCUUUGUUCAUCAUUGGUUCAGUUUUAUGGAUUGGUGUGUUUGAUGGAAUUGGGUUUCAACAAAGGGGUGAAUUCAUAAAUUGGGAUGGAAUCCCAACUGCUGUCAGCUUAUUUGCCUUUUGUUAUUGUGCACAUCCAGUUUUCCCUACCCUCUACAGUUCAAUGCACAAAAGGCAUCAGUUCUCCAAUGUGCUGAUUGUGUGCUUUGUGUUGGGCACCUUAUGUUAUGCAUCAAUGGCAAUUUUGGGCUACUUGAUGUUUGGAUCAGAAGUUCAAUCACAGAUAACUUUGAACCUUCCAACAAACAAGCUGAGCUCAAGAAUUGCAAUUUACACCACAUUGGUGAAUCCCAUAUCCAAAUAUGCAUUAAUGGUUACACCAAUAAUCAACGCCACUGAAGCCUGGUUUCCAUAUCACUUCAACAAGCGGUUGUUCCGCCACAUCGUCGGCACCAGCGUGGUGAUGAGCACGGUGUUGGUGGCUCUGGCGGUCCCCUUUUUUGGUUCCCUCAUGUCGCUGGUGGGUGCAUUUUUGAGCAUCAAUGCAUCAGUCACACUGCCAUGCUUAUGUUACUUGAAGAUUUCUGGGAGUUAUCAGAAAUUCAAUGGUGAAAUGGUUGGUAUAGGGUUGGUAAUUGUAAUGGGUAUUUUUGUGCUUAUAUUUGGUACUUACGUGUCUCUUAUAGAUAUCAUAUACAUGUCCAAAAUUUGGUAGCUCAACUUUUAUAAUAUCAUGAUUAGUUUAAAUA